ACAAUUUAAGAUAUUCUGCUGUUCUGUUGUUGGUUUGGGAGCGUUGUGCCUUUGUCGUAAGCAUAUUUAUUUAUUUAAUUCAGUUUGGGCUUGAAGUUGCUAUCGACGAGACGUACGAGUAUUUGAUGGAGCUUUUAGCUCCAAUAUCCAACAUUUCAAACAAAAGAAUGUGCUGAAAAGGCAAUCCGCAGCGCAACUGUAGGUGCUUUGCUUGCUACGCUUCCGUAUAUCAAUAACUAAUACAUAGCUUCAAACAGCGCUGGGUCGUUCCGUCGCGUGUGUGCGUGCUCGCAAAAUUAAGUCAUACUAUGCUUGUGCUAUAAAUAACAGAUAAAACGACAACAAAAUAAAUUGCAAAUGGAAAUGUGUAUAUUGAAUUGAACCAACAGGAAAUCAGUGCUUGGGGGAUUGAGUUUUUCACCACCCUUCCCAGAGACAAGUUUAAGAAAAAACAAAACAAGAAAUAAAAUCUCUCAAAACUGUUAUUAUGUGCGUAUGCAUUUAUAUGAAUGUUUAGUGUAAAAACAGAGCGAAACAUUCAGGUAAACAGCAGAGACACCGGUAAAAAGCGGCGUGUAACCUUGAAACGCGCAUCAACUAUCAAAUCAGCUUGCUCCAUAUGUGAACUUUGCAUGUGUACAUAUAUACCUACUCAUGUCUGUGUGAAGGGCAGUCAAGAUUGUAUGCAAAAUUAUAAUACAAAGUUGUUAUUGAAGCGUGAAGCUUAAACUCCAUUCCACCUACUGAUUCACACGCCAAAGAGCACAUUCGUUGUACUUUUUGCGACAACACCCAAUUCACUAUUUGCGUUCGUUUUGUGAGCGACGCUAUUGAAUAUUAAAUAAAAAGUGUUGGUUGAAAGCGAAAACCAUAAAAUAUGGCUAGUAAGUGCACAAUAACAUUUGACAACAAUCCCAUGGGGGUUUACUAUGCCGGUCAGACGGUUUCCGGCGUUGCGGAGCUAGUAACAACAAGGCCGAAAACGAUCAGAUCUAUUUAUAUUAGCGUCUGCGGUCAUGCCGAAACCCGCUGGACGGAAAAUGUAACUAAGCAAGACACCGAGGGCAAGCCGCAGAAGACGAUCGAGACAUUUUCCGCUUCUGAAUUGUACUACAGCACAGAGAGUCAUGUUUAUGGACAAAGUGGUGGUGCGCAAAUUGAAUUACCACCUGGAAAGUAUGCAUUCCCCUUCCAUGCAACCAUUCCACCGAAUGCGCCGACAUCCUUCAAUGGCUCGUGGGGUCAGAUCCAGCAUGAAGUCGCUCUAGUGAUUGAUCGGGUCAUGCGCUAUGACAACAAGUUCAAGCAGGGCUACACAGUGAUAUCGCCAUAUGACUUAAAUCUCAACCCCGAGCAUAUGAAACCAUUGCAAAAGAUCGAAGAGAAAACAUUUUGCUGGAGUUUGUGUUGUGGUGCCAAAGGUCCAAUGGUCAUGCAUGUAAAGGUGCCUUUCUCCGCUUAUGCACCCGGACAGAAGAUACGAUUCAACGUCGUGCUGGACAACCAGUCUGAUGUGCACUGUUCCGAUGUGAAAGUACGUCUUAUGAAGAAGGUUACCUUCACAAGCCGUAAUCCCGAGGCAAAACGUCAGGUGGUGGAGGUGAAAGUUGCUGAUAAUCACUGUGGUGAGGUUGUCAAGAAUAAUAAAGCGGAAUUCAAUGAGUAUUUACAAAUACCCUCGACCACGCCCACCUCACUGGAGAAUUGUAGUCUCAUUAAAGUGAGUUAUACCAUAAAAUUUAUAGCCAAAGUUUCGCGCAUCCAUGGUGAUCUGGUAAUAGAGUUUCCAUUGACUAUCGGCACUGUGCCAUUAUACGCUAGUGCCAAUGAUCAAGGCCCGGUUACGACGCAACCAGGCACUGGACCAGCCUACAAACCAUUACCGCCACCUAUGUUCGAAGAGGAUAUACGUAGCGAACAAUUUGAAGAUAACACAUUCCGUCCACGUUAUCCUAUCUUCCUAAGCGAUGCCGCUUUGCCAACGGGAAAUAAUGGAGCCAAUAACCAACCACUACCACCAUCUAAUGGCAUUUACCCAUCCAAUAUAACUCCAGCGCCAGCUCCUUCUAUGCCGGUGCCUUCCACACCUCCGCAAAACAACUCUAUACCAUCACAUAACUACACACCAUCACCAGCAUCUUUACCAACUCAGCCCGUAUUUCCAGCUUCGCCUACUCCUUCUGCACCAGCUUUAAAUAGCGCCAAUGUGAGCCCUAAGCCUAGCUCGUCCUCUGCUGGUAAUAAUGUAGAAGUGCUCGGCUUUAGUUUGCCGCCAGAUUAUGAGCCUACACCAGCUCCAGCUCCCGGAUCAAAGCCUGGAAUUGGUUGGAAAUAAACUUCAUGCGUGAUUUAAACAAAUACAUUAUAUUUUGUAUGAGAAAACUACGAUCAUAAAUUUUAUUUUAUUAAA